CUGAUAGCGCUGGCAUGUGCGUACCGACCGACGCGACCGAUGGGACGCGUGCAGGCGAGAAGAACAAUAAACAUUAUGCACACUUUCGAUCACUACUGUAAAUGGUCACGUUUUAGGUUGGUGCUGUGUCUGCUCGUGUUGUGCAGGAUCGCGUUGGGGUCACAAUUUAUCUGCCUUCGUUGCACAUUCCAACCGUCGAAGCGCUAAACGUUUAUAAAUGCGUUUGCUGCGGCUUGGACGAAAGAUUCAUUGUGCAGCGAUCAACAUGGCGUGUGGUUACUCCUGUUGCGUUGUGGUUCUACUGCUGAGUGCUGCAGUGUUUAGUACAGUCAGCUGUGGCCUCGGUACACCCUGCAAGGUGCUGUGCGAAAAUGGCGCUGAAAUGAUUCCCUGUGAUAGGAAGACGGAGAUUUUCAACUGCUGCGGCCCAUGCAGUGAAGCUACCUGUGACGACCCUUCACCGAAGCAGGAAUGUGCGGAAGGAUGUAAGGCAGGUUGCUUCUGUAAGGCCGAUCACGUUCGAAAGCAUGCCGGUGGGCCAUGUGUACCGAUCGGAACCUGCAAGCAGCAGCGAAAAUAAACAAUGUUCAUUGAAAAUGAU